AUGUUUGUAGUGGUCUUGUUGAUUGGAUUAUUGCUGGCAUGGGCUUAUCGAGCCACCCGCCCUCUGCCUCCCAACAUUUGUGGCUCACCUUGCGGCCCGCCUAUCACAGCACCUAGAAUUAAGCUUAGGGAUGGAAGACAUUUGGCCUACAAGGAGCAUGGUGUGCCAGCAGAAGUGGCCAAAUAUAAGAUUAUCUAUGUUCAUGGCUUAUUUACUUGCAGACAUAGUGCAGUGAUUGCAAAAAAUCUCCCGCAAGAACUUGUUGAAAAACUAGGACUAUACAUUGUGUCAUAUGAUAAACCGGGUUAUGGAGAAGGUGACCCAGAUCCAAAACAAACGGUGAAAAGUUUGGCUUUAGAUGUUGAAGAGCUUGCUGAUCAAUUGGGACUCGGUUCCAAAUUUUAUGUAAUUGCUUAUUCUAUUGGAUGCCAUGUGGUUUGGGGCUGCCUCAGGUACAUUCCUCAUAGGCUAUCAGGAGCAGCAUUACUUGCUCCUAUUAUCAACUAUUGGUGGCGAGGUUUGCCUUUGAACUUGUCUACAGAGGCCUACUACAAACAACCGCCUCAAGACCAGUGGACACAUCGAGUUUCUCACUAUAUACCAUGGCUAACCUAUUGGUGGAACACACAGAAGUGGUUUCCUGCACUUAGUGCUGUACCCGGAAAUCCUAAUAUUUUCUCUCGUCAAGAUUUAGAAAUAACGUCAAAGAAGGUUGGGAAACAAAUAAACAAGGCACACAUAACCCAGCAAGGAGAGUUUGAGUCCAUACAUCGUACCAUAAUGGUUGGAUUUGGGAAUUGGGAAUUCAGUCCUAUUGAUCUUGAGAAUCCUUUUCCUAACUACGAAGGUUCGGUUCAUCUCUGGCAGGGUGAUGAUGAUAGGAUUGUAGCAAUUCCUUUACAACGCUUUAUUGCCAAAAAACUUCCAUGGAUUCAAUACCAUGAGUUACCAGGUGCUGGACACUUUUUCGCAUAUUCUAAUGAAAUGAGCCAAGUUAUCAUAAAGACACUUUUAUUUGGGGAUUAA